AUGCCCUUAUUGCAAGCGAUCCUUCCGGCGCCACGAACACCUCCAAAGACAUAUGCGACUCCCCGACGGGAUCUUUUGAAGCGUCAUCAGAGCACCGGCCAUGACAUGAUCCCGCAAGAUACGCCGUCCACGGCGAUCCACGAUACAAGCAACCUUGAACCGGGAGCGGAUGACUCUCACAUGGAGGACGGGGCAUCUUUACUGGAGCCUACAUCCUUCCAAAGCACUUUAGCUGGGCCGACCAGCCGGGAUAGCCGAUUUGGGGAUGGACAGUUUCACGGAAACUCACUAUUCAGUUCCCAGGAUCUCCUGGGCUUCCAAGAGCUGGGAAUGUUCAGCAGCAAUCUGGGACUGGAUGAUGAGUGGUAUCUCCCAUCCCAGCCGAGCAUUGUGCAGAUUUUUGCUGGAGAUACCGGCUCGAACAACCUGCGAACCCCGUCCACCGCACAUUCGUGUAAUGGACACCCUUCUGAUCCAGAGCUAAUGCUGAGCAAGCUCCCAACUGAGAGGGAAAACGUCGCGGAAUUUGGGGUCUUGACACUGCCGAUCCUGACCGUUACACAUCAGCACCGAGAGCAGCUUUGCGAGGCGCUGAUGCUGUGCCGUUCUACGGAAAUAUCGAGCAAUCUACCAUCAUGUCACUCACUGUCACGAUUUAUCAAUGGAUUUUUCGAUGGGUUUUAUCCUCACUUCCCGAUGGUGCAUAUUCCAACAUUCAAGGUCAGCGAGUCUGAACCUGAGAUCCUCUUAGCCAUGUGUGCUCUCGGUGCUGAAUUUCGGCAUGAGAAUCGAAAGGCUGUGUUCCUGUUCCAUGCAGCUAAGGAUUUACUGCAAAAAAAAUUUCGUGAGACACAGCGGACGGCGGUUGAGAUAACCUCCGGUGCGUCGGAAGGCAGUGCAACGUGUUCACAUCAGCAAGUUCCGACUUCUGCUCAUGACCGCCUGCGCUAUCGCCAAACUAUGUGUGAGGCGCGUUGUGCUUUCCUUCUCAUUUCUUUCGCAGCCUGGCAGCGCGAGGAAACUAUAGCUCGAGAGGCUUUCAAUCUCCAGAGCUUCUUGGCGAGAUGCGUUAGGGAGUGUCAACUGGAAGAGAACGAACAGUCUUCGGAUGCCAUCGCUGGUACCUGGCACUCGUGGAUCCAGCAAGAAACAGACAGGAGAGUAAAAUUAUUCUCGUUUGCGAUCUUAAAUCUUCAGUCAAUAGCAUUCGGCACACCGCCGGUGAUCCUCGCUGAUGAAAUCAAUGUUCGUCUUCCAUGUAGCUGUCUCGAGUGGAUUGCUCCGAACGAACAGAAAUGGAAUUUUGUCAGGAAACCUGGUCAUCGCGAGCAGAUGCUGUUUCAAGAAGCUCUCUGUCACGUCCUGAAAAGUCCCGAAGAUCCUGCCUUAAAAGACACGCAACUGGUACCGUCUCCAUUGGCAAAUUACAUUCUUAUACAUUCCAUCAUCCAGCAGAUUCUGCUCGCAUACCACACCCUUGAGCCCUAUAAAGACGUGAAUGGCACCUUACUGAAUGGACAAAAGGAGGUCAUGCGGUAA